GACCUCGUGGUGGACUCGGGCUCUCCGACUCGGCCAUAUUGGAUAGUGAAUGACUCCGUUACACAGAGGCUCAAGAGUAGCCGUGAAACCUUCGUCAGAUCCUCGACGCCGUGAGGAUACCGAGUCAAGAUGGAAAACGAGUACACAGUUACGGUCACGAACAAGUUCCUGCUGGCGCUCGACGAGAGCGAGGAUCCCCUGGAAGUGCUAAAAGUGCGCGAACAGGAGAAGGAAGCCAAGAAGAAGGAGAGGAUCUCGGAAAAGGAGAAUAAGAGCAAGCAGCAGCAUCAGCAACAACAACAACAGCAACAGCAGCAGCAAUCGCAGGACGGUCAGAAGGCGGCCAACAAUAAAACGCAGAAGAGUCGCGUGAUCAAGGACGCCCAGCAGCCGCCGUCGAAGGCGCAGGAAGCUAAAAAGGAUCAAGCUGUGGACAAAAAAGCUCAACCAAGAGCUACUGGAGGUGACCGUAAUGUCAAAUUCUCUGGCGAAUCCCGAGAGGAGCGCAACAAUAGGCGCAACCGAGAGGAUGGAGAAAGGGUGCUACGAGGGCAAGGAGAGUUUAGACGAGGACCUCCUAGUGAAGGCCGCGAGCCCCGCGAGUUUCGAAGCUCAAACGAGACCCAGCGCAGUGAAUAUGGCGAACGCCGUGGACGCGGUGGGAUGCGCGGUAUGGGUCGCGGACGUGGUGGCCCUCGUGGACGUGGGGGCUUCGAUAAUCGCGGUAAACGCGAGUUCGAUCGUCAAUCUGGUUCUGAUAAAACUGGAAUAAAACCAGUGGAUAAAAAAGAUGGUGCUGGCAGCCAUAACUGGGGUACUCAUAAUGACGAAAUAGAAGAAAGCCUGAAUCAAGAUAGUCAAGAUUGGGCCAAUGAUAAACCUGACUCCGAUCCUCAAGCACCGACUGAAGUUAAGAACGGGGAAACAACCACGGAUACGACUGUUGAGGAGAAGCCGGUCGAGGAAGAAACGCGCGAACUUACCCUGGAUGAAUGGAAAGCUUUACGGAGUAAUAGAGCGAAGCCUCAAUACAAUUUGCGAAAGGCCGGCGAAGGUGAGGAUCUGUCACGUUGGAAAAAGAUGUACGCUCUUGAGAAGAAGAAGGAAGGUAACGAAGAAGAGGAGGAAGAAGAGGAGGAGUACGAUGCGGCUGCAGAGUACCCUCAGCGCGUCGGCAGGCAGAAACGUGUGUUGGGCAUCGAGAUUCAGUUCAGUGACUCACGACGUGGUUCUGGCGGUCGAGGCAGAGGUGGUCGCGGUCGUGGCGAUCGUAUGAACGGACGUGGAUUUGGAAAUCGUGGUGUUCCUAGAGAUGGUGAUACACGCUCACAGAACGAGCAAAGAUCGCCGAGAAGUCGUCAAAACGCUCCGAAGGUAGAUGACGAGAAUGACUUUCCUUCCUUGGGAUAGGUAGCUUCAUCUGUUGAUUACACAACAUCCCACCAUUACCAUCACCAUCAGUAAAUUUACUACAGAUAAAGCUACAUUAACUAAAAAAAUAUUACUAUCGAGAAUCUUGCGUUAGUGAUAAACCAUUAUUAAUGCAUAAUACAGUACACCGUUACAAAAAAA